GUUGGGGCCGUUACCCGUGGAGCUUUGCUGGUGGGGUGUUGCUGGCCAGGCAGCAGCAGCAUGGGGCUGCUCCUGGUGCUGGGGGCCGUGCUGCUGGCUGUGCUGUGUCCACGAGCGUCGUCCCAAAUCACAACCCCGCUGCGACUGCCCCCCAACGUGACGGGACUGUCGGACACGCUGUCCUACGUCCUCACGGUGGAGGGGAAGCCGUACACCAUCCACCUCCAGAAGCAUCUCUUUCUACCUGAUGAUUUUAGGAUUUAUGUGUCAGAUGAGUCAGGGUCCUUGAUGUCUGAUUCGACCCAUAUCAAGGGUGACUGCUACUACCGUGGCUCCAUCGAGGGCGUCCCUGGUUCAGCAGUGACCCUCAGCACCUGUGCAGGGCUCAGGGGCCUGCUGCAGUUCCACAACGCCAGCUACGGGAUCGAGCCGCUGGGCUCCUCGCCCACCUUCGAGCACUUCGUUUAUCGGAUGAGCAACGAGAACACAGCGGGGUUCCUGUUCGCACAGAGCCACCCCAGGGCUGCGGGAGGAGGGCUGCAGGAGCCACCAUCAGAAGCAGCACAGUCACCCAAGUACAUCGAGGUGUACGUAGUUCUGGACAAGGCUUUGUACUGCUUUUUGGGCUCAGACCGGAAUGCUGUGACACAGAAGAUGAUCCAGGUUUUCAAUUUUGUGAACAGUAUCUUUAAUGCCCUGAACGUGACCGUGGUGCUGUCCUCCCUGGAGCUCUGGGUGCAGCAGAACAAAAUCCCGACAGCCGGGGCAGUGGAUGAGCUUCUGCAGCGGUUCCUGCAGUGGAAGCAGUCGCACCUGACUCUGCAGCCACACAACGUGGCCUGUCUGUUUGUGUACAGGGACCAGGCGGACUUCGUGGUUGCAGCAUCUCCGGGCACGCUGUGUCACAGCGAUGCAUCUGGCGCCGUGGCCGUGCUGCAGCGCGCCGUGACGCUGGAGUCGUUCUCCGUCCUCCUGGCGCAGCUGCUGGGGCGCAGCCUGGGCAUGGGCUUCGACGACGGCCGAGGCUGCCGCUGCCCCACGCGAGCCUGCAUCAUGGAGUCAGCAGCACUCGGGCACGGCUGCGAGCACGGCACCGGCUACUGCUACCAUGGGCACUGCCAGUCCGCCGAGCUGCAGUGCCAGCGGCUCUACGGGAGAGGUUCGAGGAGCGCUCCCGUGGUGUGCUACGAGGAACUGAACAGCCAGCGGGACAGAUUUGGGCACUGCGGGUACCACCCCCGGCACGGCUACAGGGCCUGCGCGUGGAGGAACCUGCGCUGCGGGAAGCUGAUCUGCACGUACCCGCACAGCACGCCACUCGACACGGGCACCGCUGCCGUCGUUUAUGCCCGAGUGCGCGAGCACUUGUGUGUCUCCCUGGAUUUCCUGAAGCCACCGGCAAGGCUGGACUCUCUGCUGGUCCCGCCGGGCACCAAGUGUGGCUCCGAAAAGGUGUGCAUCAACAACACGUGCCAUCCGCACUCCGUGCUGGGCUACGACUGCAGCAGCGAAGUGCAAUGCCACGGCCACGGGGUGUGCAACAACCGCCGGCACUGCCACUGCCACCCGGGCUGGAAACCGCCCGACUGUCGCCAGCGCGGGUCGCGCCUCGGGGGCAGCGUGGACAGCGGCGUGCAGCUGCCGCAGCUCGGUGAGCACGGGGCGGGGAGGACGCUGCGGGGCCGCCCGGUCCCAGCCUCGCUCUUUCUCUCUCUUUUUCUUUCUUCCCAGGGCCCCUGCAGCAGCGGGCGCAGCUGCGCGCGGCGCGGAUGGGAGCGCUGCUGGCCGCCUGCCUGCUGCUGCCCGCCGUGCCCGUGGCCGUGCUGCUGCUCGUGCUGUGCCGGGAGCUGCGGGCCCGCCGGCGUGCGAGCGGAGGGCGAUUCACAAGUGCCUUUGCACAUCACGGUUCCCCAGCGGGUACUCUCAGAUACAAGUGGAGAGACGGACACGCUGUCCUACGUCCUCACGGUGGAAGGGCGGCCGUACACCAUCCACCUGAAGCAGCAAUUCUUUCUACCUACUGAUUUCACCAUUUAUACAUACAAUGAGACAGGAUCGUUGCGCUCUGAUUCACCCCUUAUCAAGGGCGACUGCUACUACCACGGCUACAUCGAGGGCGUUCCUGGCUCAGCAGUGACGCUCAGCACCUGCGCGGGGCUCAGGGGCCUGCUGCAGUUCCACAACGCCAGCUAUGGGAUCGAGCCGCUGGGCUCCUCGCCCUCCUUCCAGCACGUGGUCUAUCCCCUGGGCAGCGGGGCUGCAGCGGGGGCCCUGCUCCCACACGGCCACACCGGGGGCGGGAGGGAUGCGCUGGCCGCUGACAGCGGCUCCAACACAGCACACCCAGCUCUGAAGCUGCUGUCCAAGCACCGCAGGGAGAUGUUGCUCCGCGUCAUUUUGGAAAGGAGUUUGUACAGGCACCUGGGGGGCGACCAAUACCUCGUGUCGGGGAGGGUGGUUCAGCUCAUCAGCUUUCUCGACAGCAUGUUCAGCUCCUUGAACGUGACCGUGACGCUGUCCUCCAUGGAGGUCUGGAGGUCCAGGAACAAGAUUCACACCGCGGGCCCUGGAGAAGCGGUGCUGCUGCGCUUCCUGGAUUGGAAGAAGAGCAGCGCUCUCCAGCGGCCCCACGAAGUGCCCUACCUGCUGAUGUACCGGGACCAGGCGGAUUUUGUGGGCGUGACCUCACCGGGCACGCUGUGUCGCAGCGAUGCAUCCGGCGCUGUGGCCGUGCUGCAGCGCGCCGUGACGCUGGAGUCGUUCUCCGUCCUCCUGGCGCAGCUGUUGGGGCGCAGCCUGGGCAUGGGCUUCGAUGACGGCCGGGGCUGCCGCUGCCCCACGCGAGCCUGCAUCAUGGAGUCAGCAGCACUACACAUCAGCGGGGCGAAGGCCUUCAGCAACUGCAGUGCUGCGGACCUGGAGCAGUUCCUGCGGCAGAACCCGGAGUGUCCCUUCCUCAGGACCCUGCUGGUGCACCCAGGCCCCAAAGCUGCUGACUGUGGCAAUGGCGUGGUGGAGCACGGCGAGCAGUGCGACUGCGGCGGUGCUGCGGCGUGUGCCAAGGAUGCGUGCUGCACUGCGCAGUGCAAGCUGAAGCCCGGCACAAAGUGUUCCUUGGGACCGUGCUGCGAAAAAUGUCAGUUCAAGGCUCCCAACACCCCGUGCCGCCCCCCGGCCGACGCGCAGUGCGAUCUGCCCGAGUUCUGCAACGGCUCCUCUGCCUCCUGCCCUAAUGAUGUCUACGUGCAGGACGGGCACGGCUGCGAGCACGGCACCGGCUACUGCUACCAUGGGCACUGCCAGUCCGCCGAGCUGCAGUGCCAGCGGCUCUACGGGAGAGGUGCAAAAAACGCCCCUUUGGCAUGUUAUGAAGAAAUCAACAGUCACCAGGACAGGUUUGGGCACUGCGGUAAUCACCCGAAGGAUGGGUACCAGCCCUGCUCCUGGCUGAAUUUGGGCUGUGGAAAGCUUGUCUGCGCAUACCCGAAUCGAGUUCCCUUCACUAAAUUAAAGGGUGCCAUCAUUUAUGCCCAAGUGCAAGAACAUCUGUGUGUGUCAUUUGAUUUAAUGCAAGCACCCACUGAGGCAGAUCCUAUCCUGGUUAGGGAUGGCACAAAAUGUGGUCCCGGAAAGGUUUGUAUGAAUGGCACGUGCCACCCGCACUCCAUUCUGAAGUAUGACUGCAAUGUGCAGAGAAAAUGCCAUGGGCACGGGGUGUGCAAUAACAAGAAGAACUGCCACUGCAACCCGGGCUGGAGCCCACCCCACUGCAGGACACGGGGAUCUGCAGUGGGCGGCAGCACGGACAGCGGGCAGCAGCUGCAGGAGCUGAUCGGCCAUGACACAAAGGAGUUUCUCAAGGGUACAACGAAAAACAUGCUGCUGCUGUGCUUCUGCCUCCUCGUCCCCCUCCUCAUCUGCAUCGUCAUCCUGGUGGUGAAGUGGAACCAGCUGAUGCGGCGCUGUGCCAGGAGCAAGACGGAAGCCGCGGUCUCUGCCGCCGAGGACACCGGUAGCAGCGCGAGCACAGAGAGCAGCGGGAGCAGCUGCAGCUGCGGUGCGGGGACGGAGCCGGAACCGAAGCAGGAGAGGGGCUCGGGGCUGUGCGCGGGGGAGUCCCUCGAGCAAUAAAGACGUUGAAGCAAC